GUCUAGCUUAUUUCUGGUCUGUUAUUUGCCUACUGAAGCUUCCCAUUUUGCCGUUUCACUUUAUUUUGAGAAUAAGAAAAAGAGCGCGACAUAUAUACAAACAUAUGUAAAUUCUUCCUAAUAAAAAUCAAAUUGGCUGCUGGCUGCCGCUUCUAUAUCUGUUUUCUGUUAAAGGGUCUCUUUCUUAUUUAUCAGUUUUCCCCUUCUCUUUGCCUCAGAUGGAUCUCACCUCUCUCUGAUACGACAAGGGGCUUUAACUUGCGUCAUCCGCACGAAGAGGUUUUUCCAACUAUAGGUGAGUGACUCUUUUCAACUACCAGAAGUUCAUUUCAAUUCCCAUGUUUUACUUUCUCUCCAGAACUCUUCUCCACCGGAGAUGCACUGUCACAGGUUCAACCGCUGCCCAAAGGCUGUCUUUGCUUCAAAAACUCCCAUUUAGCCAAUUUUCUCCCAAACCCAUCUUAGCAAAAGUAAAUCAGCACUCAUCGGUAAUCUCAUACCUGAUAAACGCGUGCGGGUUGUCUCCAAAAUCUGCUCUUUCAGCUUCCAAAAAACUCCAUUUCGAAACCUCUGAUCGACCAAACUUGGUCCUUAGUUUUUUCAAGGACCAUGGACUCUCACGAACCCAGAUCUCAAAAAUCAUUGGGAGAACUCCAGAAUUACUUCUUUACUACCCUGAGAAAACCCUUCUGCCCAAGUUUGAAUUUUUUUACUCUAAAGGAAUUUCAAGUUCUGACCUUGCUGCCCUUAUGUAUACUUGUCCUAGAGUUAUUAUAACGGGCUUGGAAAGCAAAAUAGUCCCUAGUUUCAACUGUCUUGAAGAGCUGCUUAAGUCUAAAGACAAGGCCAUUGCUGCCAUUAAGCACUUUCCGUUUAUUCUUUGUCAUGAUAUUGAAGGCCAAGUUGCCAUUUUGCGUGAUCAUGGAGUGCCUGAUCCUAAUAUUGCUCUGUUUGUUCGAAGAUGGCCUCAUUUAUCAAUCUCAAAUCCAGAUAAAUUUAACCAGACUGUUGAGGUAGUGAAAGAGAUGGGUAUUAAUCCUUUGAAGUCACAAUUUGUUAUAGCAAUUGUUGCCGUGAAGAAAAUUGGGAAGGACAUAUGGGAAAGGAAGGUUAACCUUUAUAAGAGUUGGGGUUGUUCUGAAGAACAGAUUAUUGCAUCAUUUACAAAGUUUCCUUGGUGUAUGAUAGCAUCCGAGAAUAAAAUUUCUUCCGCAAUGGACUUCUUUGUGAACAAAAUGGGUUGGGAGGCAAAUGCUGUUGUGGAACGUCCAAUACUUAUUUCCUUGAGCUUGGAAAAGAGGAUUCUUCCUAGGGCUCCUGUACUUCAAUUUGUGUUAUCAAAAGGUUGGCUCGAGGAGAAAGUUUCUAAGGUGGCUUGGAUGUUUACAUGUCCUGAAAAACGUUUCGUGCGGAAGUGUUUGACUUGGCAUAAAUAUGAGCCUCAGCUAUUGCAGAUGUAUAGAGAUAAGUUGGAUCUUUGUAAGGUGAGAGAAGGAUCAAUAUGAAGGUGAGAGAAGAGGCACCACUUGCAUACUGUUUACAUCAUGAAUAUGAUACCCCAAUGGACUUCUGUUUUCCUUUUGUUAUGUAAUCACUGCUCCUGAGUGCCUCGGCUGGGAGCCAAGAAGUUCAUUCUUUCCUUCAUUGUUACUUGCAGUUCAGUGCAUCUUUAGUGACUUCAGAAAAGUUCCUUAAGAAUUUGUGUGCAGCUAUGAAGAGAAAACUCCUGAGCUAUUAAAGCUAUGUGAAUUUCCACCUUAGUAUUCAGAUUUUUAUUUUCUUGUUAAUUUGAUUUAUAGUUGAAUUCUUUUGCUUCAUUUGGAAUGGAGUUCAAGUUGCAAGCUUUUUCUGAUUUUCUUGUUUCUUAUGUUGUAAUGCUUGAGGGCAGUCGGCUCCAUAUUCAUCUUUUGUACUAAAUACAAUGUUGAAUUGUUGAACGUGGGAAGCUAAAAUCAUGAAGCUAUUGCUACUU